UAUGUCGAGGCGAGAUAUGUCAACUUAUUAAUCAGUGCGCGCCGAAAGUUAUAUCCGAGGAGAGAGCAGCGCACACACGCAGCCACGCCGGAAAGCGCAGCCGAUCCGCAGCCAACCGCAGGAAGGCGAUCCGUUCGCCAUUCGUUCCGUUUGCCAGAGUGCCAGCUGGUCAGCUUCGCGCCGUGAAAAGUUCGUACCACCCCCGACCCGCGUCCGCGCCCGUGUCCGCACCGUCCCCGUCGCGUAUUACCGUACCGUAUUCGAGUGUCCAGUGCCACCGGCAGUGAAACAACACCAAGUGAACCACAGCAGCCACCAUGAGCGGCAGCGAGGCCGCCAGCGAGCCGCAGGAGCUGGGCGCUGAGGUUGUUAGUGGUUCAGCGGCGCCGCCCGACGACAGCCAGGAGGUGGCCAAGGCCAAGUACACGAAUCUGUGCCGCGAGCUCAACAUGGACCGCCAGACGGAGAUUGAUGGCUUCGAGAUGUACCUCAAGGUCUCGCAGCGCUGUUCGCUGGAGGGCGAGUCCAUGCACUGGCUGUGCUGUGCCUUGUAUGCAGCCUGCCGUCGCUCUAGCACGCCCACAGUCAUAGGGCAAGACGCGGUGGUGCGCGGCAACUGUGUGUCCCUAAACAACCUGCUGCGCUGCUGCCAAAUGAGCAUCUACGACUUCAAGACGAAGAUCAAGCAGUGGUGCGACAUGGCCAACCUGCCGCAGGAGUUUGUCAACGAGAUCGAGGUCCUGGACCGCAAAUUUAGCAUUACGUUCACGCUGUACAAGCGCUUCCGGACCAUCUUUGACCUGAUUUUCGUGUGUCCGCCCAACGAGAAGAAGCACUCGAAGUACAUCUCCCUGCACUCGAGCCAUCCGCAUGGCAAGUGCUCCUUUAUCAAGCUGGACGACUUCUGCUGGCGCCUGUUCCUCUGCGCCAAGAACCAGAAGCCCAGCAACACCGUCGACCUGGUCAGCUCGUUCAACCUGAUGAUCUGCUGCAUCGAUCUGAUAUACAACAAUGUGCUGGCCGAGAAGCGCACCGAUCUCAUCAACCCCAAGUUCGAGGGACUGCCGCCCAACUGGACGGAGCUGGACUUCCGCCAGAAGCAGUGCUGCAUCCUGGCCCACUUCUGCGACAUGACCGACGAGGCCAAGGCCAUGAAGGCCACCACCUUCCGCGAGAUCAUGUCGAGCUUCUUUCAGGCUCCGACCAUCUAUGGCAACAAGGACACCAUGCUGGGGCUGCUGGCCAACGAGAACUUCGAGCGCAAUCUAAAGUCGCUCAAUAUCAGCUAUGAGCAGUAUGUGCUGAGCGUGGGCGAGUUCGACGAGCGCAUUUUGAGCGCCUAUGAUGCGAGCGAUCACACAAGCCUCAAUGAUCAGGCCCUGCGUCCGCCGGUGACACCGCUUACGCGCAUGCAGGAUCUGCCCGCCCAGCCGGCGAUGGCCGGCGACAAAUUUGAGCCCGUCCGCAAUGCCACCAACAAUGUAAAACAGCUGCUUGCCUUUGGGCGUAUCACCGAGCCCACAGAUUUCGUCAAGCAAGCCGGCGAGGAGGUGAUUGCCAAGCUGCUGACCAUUAUCGAGGAUCUAAAGCAAAAGUUUCUCGCCAAAUAUCCGUCAACGGAGGCGAAGAGCCGCUUCCGUUUGGCCAAGUCCUUUUACUUCUACCUGCUGGACAAGAUCCUGCAGGCGGAGAUGCGGAACAAGCCCGACAUCGAUCUCAAGCCCAUGCUGGUGAAGAAAAUCUCGCUGGACAUCUUCAAUAUCACGCUGCUGGCCUGCUGCGUGGAGCUGGUACUGGAGGCCUACAAGACGGACUUCAAGUUCCCCUGGGUGCUCGAUUGCUUCAGUAUUAGUGCGUUCGAGUUCCAAAAGAUCAUCGAGAUCGUGGUGCGUCACGGCUCGCACGAGGGCUGCCUGAAUCGCUCGCUGAUCAAGCAUCUCAACUCCAUUGAGGAGACGUGCCUGGAGCGUUUGGCCUGGUCCCGUAACUCGUUCGUUUGGUACCUGAUCGAGUCCGCUCCGCCGCCGCUGGCCAACUCGCUGGUGGUGAAUCGUGAUCGCACUGCCGGCCCGCUGCAGAUCUUCCUGCGCAAGGUCUAUCUUCUCGGCUGGCUGCGCAUCCAGAAGCUCUGCUCGGAGCUGAGUCUGUGCGAGAAGGCGCCCGAAUGCAUCUGGCACAUCUUCGAGCACUCGAUCACCCACGACACGGGCCUAAUGAAGGACCGCCACCUGGAUCAAAUCAUCAUGUGUGCAAUAUAUAUCUACAUUAAGGUAAAGAAAAUGGAGGAGCCCAAGUUCAGCGACAUUAUGCGGGCGUAUCGCAACCAGCCGCAGGCGGUGAACAGCGUCUACCGCGAGGUCUUCAUCGUCACCCACGAGAACGGUGAGCCCAAGGUGCGCGACAUUAUCCACUUCUACAACAACGUGUAUGUGCCGAUCUUGCGCCAGUUCGCCAUCGAAUACCUGAAUGUCGCUCCGGAUGUGAGCGGCCGCACCUCGGAUCUGCUCCUCUCGCCGCACCCCAAGGAGCGUGCUGCCCAGCCCAAGAAGGUCACCCAGAGUCACUCGCUGUUUGUCACUCAAAUGCCCAAGAAUGACAUCCAGCUGCAGCAGUCGCCCAACCAGAUGGUAUACAGAUUCUACCACAGUCCCGCCAAGGAUCUGCAACUAAUGAACGAGAAGGUGCGCGGCGGCAAGCGAAUGCUCAGUUUUGGUGACGACGGUGUGGCGGAUUCAAAGCGGGGCAAAGGGGAGCAGCGCUCGGGAGGAGGAGCAGGCGGAGGCGGAGGCGGAGGUGGAGAGCACGAGACAUAGACACGGGGCAUCGCGGGGGCAGCUUAGACUUAGUUUAUUAUCAAGGAAGGAAAGAAGUAAACCAUGAAGAGAAAGGAACUUAAACUACAAAAAAGGAAAAAAUAGGCCAGUGCCAGCGGAGACACCCUUCUUUAACACGCUGGCGCCCGGCGCAAGCACGACUCUUUUAUGAUUGUUUUUUUUUAUUAUUUUUUUUUUAGUUCGACAUGUUAAUUUAAACACAAACAAAAAACCAAGAAACCUACAACCCCUACCCAAGCGUGGCAUCUCCUUUUUCUAGUUUGUUCAAUGCCAGCCAACCAUGUAAUUCAAAUGCUAACUCUACAGUUAUAUAUGUAUACAAACGUAUAGAGAACAUCCGAUCCCAGAUGCUUGCAAGGAGUUUUAGUAAAUAAACACCACACACACACACACACAUGUAAACACACAAACACACACACACACACAUCCAUCGAUCGUCGGAGAGCAUUGAGGCAAACCGCGGUCCCUAACAAAUCAAAUUAAACCCACACACAUUAUAUAUAAAGGCAUAUAUACAAAUACACUUUAAAAAUUA